AUGUCUAUCAGGACUCCGAAAAAGCAAAGAAAAUCUGGCCGUACUGGACAGAUGGAAGGAACACCUGUGAAAAAACGACCAGCACCAUCUAGGAAGCCCACUAAAAUGGACCAGAUUUCUGAACCUUUGCGAAAAAAGGCUCAAGUUUAUAACGAAACUAAAGAAAAACACGCCGCCGUCAAAGAGGUAAUCCAAUGGUACUUACUUUACCAUCGGCGUCUAAUCGAAUAG